GCUGAUAAGUAUCUCAAUAUUAACCAGCCGGCGUUCAGAGCACCGGGUCUAUCUAGGACUUUUACGCAUCACUUUAAUGACUGCAUUCAGGAUUUUUUAAGAAUGAUCAUUUGAUGCAAAUAAUUGGAUUGUUUAAAAUAUUUAAAAUAAAUAUUAUUAGUUUGCUUUUGUUAUAAAUUUGGAUGAAUAGACAGAUUUAUAGCACGGAAAUGAUGAAAUUACCUGUUUUUCUGCUGCUCAUUUAGUUGACAGAAAAGCUUUAGGGGAAGUUAUGUCAACUAGAAAUUUAUUAUACUUUAAAACUUUGAAAAAAAUGUGAGUAAGACAAAAAAAACUUGAUUUAAAAAGAGGAAAAAAGCGAAAUUUGGCAAAUUUCUAAUGUGUAGAACCCUCUAUUUCAGUUUUAUACAAAGCUUCACAUUACUUUUGUGUUUUUAUUUUUUAUUUUAUUUUUUUUUGUUUUGUUUAGUGAGUUUUUCUUUUUUUAAGAAUAGCUAUUGAUGGAGAUUAUAUGGGACUAAAAGUGGCCAUGGUGGCUUCCCGUCGUCUAUAUAUACCCUGUAGAACCGAAUUUGUGUGAAGAAAGCUUAAUCACAGAUUCGAUUCUAGGGGAGUAUAUGGUCGAUGAAAAAACUUCACUUUUGCAUCUUCACUCCACGUGACAUCGGAAGGACUUAUCAGCUGUCUUAGUGAGGGAAAUCCCAGAUAAACUCAAGCUAAAUGGUUGCAAACUCAAAAAAUGAAAAGUUUUCAAGUACAGAAAUAUGAGGAAAGUUUGAAAUCUCCCUCUAUUGGUUGGUUUCCCUGGAAGGGUUUAGCAAAAGCAGCCCCAGCAUGCUCCAAUUCGGGCUUUCUGCUCCUCUGGAUGGUAUCUGUCUCCAAGUUAUUGAUUCCCAGAAGCUGCUGCCUCCGACCAAUGGGCUCCAGAAACACUUUUUUUCUUCUCUCUCUCUCUGUUUUUCUUUUUUUUUUUUCCAAAGGGACAGGGGCAGAUGAAGAGAUGAGAUUCAUGUAACUUUUGGAUGACCCCAUCUUGACAAAGACAGUGUCCAUCACUUGUCCUCAGUCAUUAUUCCCUGCUUUUAUGCCAAAGGGCUUUUUGUGUCUUUUGUUGCCUCCUCUGUAGAACACUAUGCCUCCAAGAUGGACCACAGAAACCGAUCACUCUUAAAAAAAACAAAAACAAAAAAAAACUAAAGUUAAAGUGUAUAAAUUAUAUAUUUUUAAUAAGAUGGGGCCAUAUUCGGAAAGCUAAUAGAGUUAAUAACAUUACAGUAAUUUAUUUAUUCACUUUUUAUUAUUUGUUUAUCCUUUUGGCGCACAAAUGCUUCUGGAAAUUGCACAUUUUGUUAUUAAUUUAGCGCUGGGGUGUAAUCUUUGUAUCUUAAUUUGUGUUUGAUGCGUUCUGCUGUAUGUUUACUCGUGUUUAGAGAAGCAUCACCUCCAUUGGCCGAUCUGGUCACAUGGUUCGCUAACUUUAUUCAGUUGACACCAAGUAGGAGGGCUCUAUGGAGGGAGGAAAAAAAGACAACUCGAGAAAAAUUAGUAUUUUCUACCUUCAGAAAUUAAUGGCCAUGAGUUCGUAUAUGGUGAACUCUAAGUAUGUGGAUCCCAAAUUUCCUCCCUGCGAGGAAUAUUCGCAGAAUAACUAUAUACCUGAGCAGGGCUCGGACUACUACAGUCAAUCGCAGGACACAGAGUUUCAGCAUCCAGGGAUCUACCCACGGUCAAACUACACGGAGCAACCCUUCAGCUGCACCACUGUGCCGGACUCUACAGUGCAGCAGCCACGAGGUCAUGGGCACGACAGAGCCAGCCAUCCGAGCCAUUUUGGCGCACAGACUGAGCAAGGCCCCCCGGUCCAAGCGGCCGGACCUCGGACUUGUGGACAACAGCAAAGCACAAAGACCCAGAAUGGGAUACAAGCCAAGCAGCCAGCAGUAGUUUAUCCAUGGAUGAAGAAAGUUCACGUAACUACCGUGAACCCUGACUACACGGGAUCAGAGCCCAAACGCUCCAGGACGGCGUACACCCGGCAGCAGGUUUUGGAGCUGGAAAAGGAGUUUCAUUUUAACAGGUACCUGACCAGGCGGCGGCGGAUCGAGAUCGCUCACACGCUUUGUCUGUCCGAGAGGCAAAUCAAAAUCUGGUUUCAGAACAGACGAAUGAAAUGGAAGAAAGACCACAAACUGCCAAACACCAAGGGCAGAUCUGCCCCUCCAGCCUCCAGCCAUCUGCAGAACAUUCAGAAGGAUAACCAAACGGACAUUACAGCGCUAUAAGCAAAAGGAGGGAAUCUUUUUUCAGAGUGAAAUGUACAUAAAAAAUGUUGCAUCUGAUUUUUGCAUGGACUGGUGCUAGUUUUUGCAUUUAUUUGUUGUUAUUAUUUAACAAAAAUGACUCCAGAAGUGUUAUGUGGGUUAUAAAAUCAGUUUUCAAAACUGAGUGGUUUAAAAGUUUCCAAUUUUUAAACAUAUUUUUAUUGUAUAAUUUUUGGAAAAUCUGUUAAAUUCUCUAUAAAUGUGUUCUAUUUUUUACAUUUAAUUAGUGGAUUUAUUCAAAUUAAACCAGUUCUAUUAAAUCAGACUUUUUUUCCAACCAAACGCACAAUGAAAUACUUGAAGGAGGCAUUAUUUUUUUUAAAGAUCACGCCAAAACUAUACCUUUUUCUCGUAAAAAAAUUCCCGCUGCAGCUGAAAGAUUCUUUAUAAUUUCUUUGUGACUUGUAUGUUUUAACUUAUUUUGUACAAAAUAAUUAGCUCGGAAAUCUUUUUUUUUAUUCCCACACGGAAGACAUUCCUGCGCGCAUUCUGGUUUUGAGCGCCCUUAUAAAUCUCUCCUGACAUCUUUGUAAACAGUGUACAUUUUCAGAGGGCUCUCUCAUUCUAUCUGAAACUGAACGAUCAUUUGUUCCUGCAUGGCUCAAAUUGAUUUUGGCCGUUUUUCCCCCUCGAUUUGACAUAAUCGAAUAUUUAGGAUUAUAGUUGUUUAUUUUUACGAAUUUACGUGAUUAUUUAUUUGUUAAGAAACCGUGUACAUUUUUGCAUAGCACACAAUUUAAUUAAAACUCUUCCUUACGCGCUGAUUAUCCUGUUUCAACUUAUAAGCAUGGCUUUAUUUAAUAGUUUAUAUGGGAAUGUUUUCUUUUAUUUACGCCAAGCUGAUCUGCGCGAGGCAACCUGUUUCUGGUCAUAUUUGAGGACACAUUUAUAUAUAUUUUUUUUGUUUUAUACGGUCAGUGUGCUCGGAUAGAAAAAAAGCCCAGAAGCUUUCUCAAUACUACAAGGAGGUCUCUCUGAAGUGAUGAGAGGAUUGAAAAGGUAUUUCAUCCGAAGGUCGACAAAGGCAGCAGUGGCAGGUUCAUCCCGGGGACACAUUUCAGCCGCGAGGACUGACCCCAGCACCCCUGACCCGCCGGACAGGCAGCAUUUUCUCUCCCAGGCGCUACUCGCUUUGGUUUGGAAGGCUGUUGUGUUGUUUAAAAAAAAGAAGACGAAGAAAAAAACCUAAAGCCCAUUCAAAGUAAAGAGUCACUCAAUUCCACAUUUUUACACGUGUUUGAGCUGUAUUUAUAUCAGGCGCAACCCCCGAGGAGGAUCUGUUUGUGCAUUUGUCUCCUCGUGUCAGAAUGAAUAGUUGUUCUGUUCUUUAUUUUUGUACAGUUUUUUUAAUCUUGUAUGGUGCUUUGAGAUGUGCAAAGUAUAUUGGAAAAAUAAAGAUUUCUAAUAAUUAUGCAU